AUGAAAGUGACGACACAGCGCCUCACUCUCUUUCUUUCAUUGUUGUCUUAUGCCCGCUGCGCGACUUCACGGUACUUGGUGUCUGAGGAGGGACAACAAUUACCCCGAACAACUGCAACGGACACACGUCCGCCCGCACCUCCUGUUCUGGAUCAAAGUGGCAACAGUAAAAAGAGGAAAUGGUCUUAUGGAUCGAGUCGUGCUGACCUCAGUCAAUCAGCGGUAGAACAUAAACGCGAUGGCUACACGGUUGAGGAGCGUCAGGACGCUGGUGACCGAAUACAGGACCAGCCAGGCACCAGAGGCAGUGCCAGUGGGAGCAGUUGUGGCGACCUUCCAUGUCAGGUUUCGCCUGUAUCGGCUUCUCCGUCGAGUCCCUCAACCUCUAUGAAGGCCUUGAAGAGACACGAUCUGGCCCAUUUUUCAGCAGGACGCAGCGGACCGGAAACAACGCCUGCAACAGAGGCGUUUUCUUCUCCCGAGAGGUUCCGGUUGACGCUCAGAAACCCACCUCGAGCUGGAGAGGUCAGCCCCAAUAUUCACGACCCGGCAGGACAACGUGAUACAACUAAAGGUUAUUUUUUCGCACGAAGGAGUUCAGACUUCAGCGGCGCCAGCUCAUCGGCGCCCUCAGGGGAGGCAGCACCCGGGUCAGCUCCUAACCGAAACCCGCACUAUAAUCCCGAGAGCGUCAAUGAAUUGUUAAGCGUGUCGACCGGUCAUCUUCCUUUGAACCCCCAAACUCGAGCACCAAUUGCGGUGGGAUGCUCACGGAGACCGAGCGCGGAAGCGCCCCACAGUCCAACAAACGCCGGCACCUCCCACCCUGCCUCUACCGUCUCUGCCUAUGUACCUGUACGUACUUUGGGGGCGGACCGUUCAAACAAGCAAAGGCACAACCGACGACCUUCGAACGCGAGCGCGGAAGAAGUUACGCAGCUACGUGAGGCUGCGGGGCAGCUUCUCGUAUCGCCGGCGGACACACGCGCACAACAGGCUGCUCUGCGGGAGGCAGUACAAGCACGACAGCGCAGUUCUGUCGGUCGGCAUGGGAGGAGAGAGGAGACUCCAGAAUGGAUAGAGAGUACCAUUGGCAAGGUGUUUCCUCGAGGGAAGCCUGUCUCGACACUAAACGCCAAUGGGGACUCGGCUUACGUAAUUAAUGAGGGAUACCUCGGUGCGGGAAAUUUUGGUGUCGUCAUAAAGGUGGCUUUAUCAGAUGGGGGAAGGUACGCAGCGAAGGUGGCGUACGGCCAGAUUUGCUUGAAACAGGGAAUGAGGGCAGACGAACUGAACGCUGCGAUUUCGUCAGUGAGGAGACAGAUGGCAGAAGCGGUUCAGCAAGAGUUGCGCGCCCGGGAUAUGCUUUUGGCCAAAGGGUACACGCUUACACGACUUGCGGACAACUUCGGGAUUCCUGUGUGCAAAAUGAUUUUGAAGCUUCCUGAGGACCGAGAAACCCACGUUCGUUACGGUUCUCACCUCUUUCUGCUGUCGAGAGAAAUCAUGUUGCUGCCGUUGCUUGUGGGUGCGACGUUGGCGAAUCUAGUCCAGCCAAAUCCAUCAGUUCCUCUGCAGCAGGCAGUGGCGAGGCAAACAAUACUUGCACUGGCCAAGUUUCACGAGCUCGGCGUCGCCCAUGGAGACGUUAAGAGGAGCAACAUCAUUCUCGACAUCCACGGCAGAGCACACUUGAUUGACAUGGGCAAUGUGAAGGUUCUGAGCAGCUGUGUGAGCAACGACGAUACAGUUUACAUGCCUAUAUUUUCACCUGAACUUGCCAAGUCACAGCAGGUGCCGCAGCAGCCAUGUGUGAACCGUGGCCCUCUGGAUGUGUGGGCAAUGGGGGUGACACUCUUCCAGUUCAUCUGCGACGGUAAACUUCCUUACGGCAUUUCGGAUGCGCCGACAGCCUACAGGGAGAGGAUGUCGUAUCUUUCCCAGAUUCGCCUGGCAGAUUUCUCCGCCCGUGUCUGUCCUGGAGCUGAUCCAGCAGUGAUGGGAAUUGCUCUUCAAUUUCUGCAUCCGGAUCCUCUCCAGCGCCCCGUGCUUGAACAAUUCGUCAAGAGCUACGCCUUCUUUCAGCAAUCCGCCAGAACCACAUUGCAAACAUAA